ACGUGCAGGCAGCCGGAGCUCAAACACGAACCCAGAGUCACUGAUGCUCUUCACGGCGUCUCUCCAGCUGCUCGUCGGCACCUUCCACCUCUGAUGGACUCGAUUUGACACAGACAUCGAACUUUUCAGCGAGACAAUCCGAACCGGAAGGGCCUGACAUGGACUGACAGAUUUUUUCCCUCCAAACGCACGAGCGGACUGUAACAUGUUGUGAUCGUUCACCUGUCACCUGUCGAACCAUCGGAAUCGGACCUGCAGCCACGGAGCAUCACACCCACCCAGCAAACAGUGAAAUGGCCCGAGCAGAGACCAUUGAGAGCGUGGGGGAAACCGGAGCAGGAGGAAACAGCCCUCUUCCACAUCACAACAUCUGCCGCAUGGAGCUGCCUCGUGCCCUCCACACCUGGUCCAGCCUGCUCAACACCAACACCAUCACCACUGGUUCUGGCACUGGUACUGGUGCCAUACUCAUCCACCACCACCACAAUCUGCAUCCUUUGCAGCCUCUCCAUCUGUCAUACCCGCUUCCUGAUCAGCCCCAGAUGCACCAGCAACUUCCUGCGUUGUCGCCAUCAUCAGCAAAUCCUUCUUUGCAGCUCUGCAACCGGAGGGAGGAGAGGGAUGGAGGAGCUGUAAAACCCUGUGCCUUGUCAGGAGAGGAGUCGGACGCUGACAUAGAGGAACACCGGGAGGCUUCCAGCCAGCAGGGGCCUCUGCCUGACCUGCUGCCCAGGAACGAGCUCCCAUCCUGGUCUGCAUCGUACCACAGAGAUCCCAGGAGAGAGGCGGAGCAGGCGCUGGAGGUCAGGAGAGUGGCCAAUCAGCUGAGAGCCAUCGGGGAUCAAUACAACGCCACCAUCCUCCGCAGAGCGCACGCUGCCCCCCACUGGCAGGACUGGAGAGACGUGUGCCGAGGACUCUUCAACUUCAUCACCCAGUCGCUGAGCACCCUCUACAGGCUCACGUAGGUAGCGUGUCCCCUGCAGCCAGCGGUUCUCAUGGGGACCUUUUUACGUACAGGACUCGAACACUGGCCCGUCGCUCGUGAGGAGAAACAUCUGUUCUGUUUGCUGCACUGUUCUUUUGAACCUCGAGGACGAACGCAGACUGAAAUCAAACAUGUACUUGAACAAAGACGUUGUGAGAAUGAGCUGGAGGUGUUUUCUCAUCCUGUGGAAACUGGAGCCUGUCUGUCUGAACGAUGGUCCGUCCGUCAGUCAGUCUGCUGGUUCGGACUGCAGCUGAUGGACCGACGCUCACUUUUCUACGUGUAUAUUUUGUAAAAUCAAUUUGUUUUCACUGUGUUUGGAGACCGAUGUUCAUGUAGCAGGCGAGACUCAAGAAUGUGUGUGAGUCAGUAUGUGUUUGUGUGUGCGCACAUGACAGACCUGGUCCAAACACCUGGAUAGAGUCUGAUGAUCUCAUAAGCUCUUGUUUGAUUUAGAUAAAACUAAUUCAGAAGUUCAUCACAGACAUGAUUUGACCCUCAUCUCGUGUGUGCAUGUAACUGUUGUGUCUUUAUUCUGGCCCCAUUCUUACAAACUGUGAAACUGGAAUGUGUAGUUCCAACGCAGGGAAACGUCUGGUGUUAUUUGACUGUGGAGCCGAGCACAGAGUGAAUCUCUCUCCCAAUCUGAAAUGCUUCAGUUCAUCAUACGAAGUGCCUUCAUGCUCAGAGCUGAGGCCGAGUGUCCACCACCAGGACAAUCAGCGUGUUUUCACUUGACUCAAAUGUUAUUUGCAUUUCAUUCAAAUGAUCCAGCCUCUGCAUGGUUUAAGGUCAUUUCAGGACAGAGAGGCUUAAUCCCUAUGCACACACACACAGACACACACUGGGAACUGCCACUGUUAUUUCUCCACACCAAUCAUUCUGCCAGUGUUGGGAGUUGGCAGCGUUUCACUCGCCUGUGUCCAAAGUGUUUAUAGUGACUUGACCAAUGUAAAUAAUCUUUUUUUGGGACGAUGAAUCUGAGUAAUCUGAACAUUUUGGGCGGACUUAAAAAAAAGUACUUAUCUCAGUGAGAGUUCAGUGUGUUUGUUGGACAUCUCUUUGUUUCUCUGAGCGGCCGUUGGCACCAGUAGAGCGAGUAUGAAUUUAAAUCCAGUGGAUUUGAGAUUGUUUUCCAAGAUUUAAAACAAAUUAUAUGAUUUGGAUCUUUUGAUUGUUGAAAAAGUAUUUGAUGUUUAUAAAAAUAACCCCUUUAAGUUAUGUGAUUAUAUUCUUUGUAGUUGGGAGGAAAUGUAAAUUGCUCAUAUUAAGAGCGUAAUUUAUUUUGAAAAUUAGCCUUUCUGUAGCUUGAUUUUUGUUUUGGUUCCUUGGUUUUUCAUUUUGUAUGUAUUAAAUUAUUUAUUUUUCUUACAUUCCUGAUCAAAACUCUGGAUUAAGCUGUAUUUGCGUUGCGUCGACAGAGCUGGGAGUUAAAGGUGUCGGUGUACUCAGCGAAAGACAAUAUAUCACUUUCAUUUCAAAUGUUAUCAGCUUAAGGAAUUGUGAUUUCAAAUGGCACUAUCAGCAGACAGAAGGACGCAGAACUGCAAGUGACGUGUUGUACAAACACAAAAUCUCUCCCUUCAAAGCACAAAGAAGAAAUGAGGCCUCAGACUGUUAAACAGCUUCACCUGAUGGAAAAUUCAACCAGGUGUUUCUAAUGUGAAUUUAAUUCUGAGCCUGUGCAGGUCAGUGUGAUUUCAGACAGCGGCAGUAUGACAGGUGCUGCACAUGCAAAAAAUACUACUACUAAUAAUGCACAGUAACAUAGCUUAAUCUAAAAGGACCCCCUUAACAAAGUAUUUGACCUGUUAAACUUAAAAUGCUUCAAAAAGGAGUUUCCUCAGGUUUUAUUUUGCAACAUUUGACAUGUUUGAUUUAAUAACUCAUUAGACCUCCAUAAGUCCACCUGUAAGUAAAGGAAUGACUAAAACCUGCAGUUGCUCUUCUCCUGGUUGUUUUUCUCGAGAGUGCACUUCCUGGUUCAUUGUGCAACGCACCCCCCCCCCCCCACCCCCACCCCACCCUACCCACGGCGCUCAGUGUCGGUCACAUGCAGUUUGUGUUUUGCUGAAAUUCUAUUGUAAAAUGUCUACAUGAAUUUUUUACCUUUUUUCUUUUUUAUACAAUAAAGUUAAGGAGAAAUAUA